GCUGCCUUUAUAGAAACCCGCCGACUGAAUUAAUUGGAAGGGCCUGAUGGUGUGCAAUCUUUGCCGCGGUGCCCGAGUCAAUCCCACGUCGUCUUAAGUAAAGUGGACGGCGAAAGGCUUUUUUUUUUUCCCUCAUGGAUGACCCCGGCUUGGUCCAUCGUGGAUAGCUACAAAGCUGACUACGGUCCUUGGCGGCUUGUUUCGAUAGCAAGCUAAUAACCCCAAUCCGACCCUAUCGUCUGUCCCUAUUGACAACCCUGCAACCAUCACGUCGGACAAAGCUCGUUCUCGCCAUUCGGCUUGACAAGAUUAGCAAGUGUGCUGCCUCCCGGAUGACCGGCCUGAUCACUCUCCAAUUCCGGAUCCCGACUCUAGCGAGUUCCGUCCCUCAUCUCCUCGACGAUGUCGGCCGAAUCACCACGUGCCGUUCGAUUCUCCCAGAGCGACGCCGAGCUGGCUCAAGACAAGGCCAAACCCCCGAGACCUAUCGCUGUUUCCACCGAUUCUGAUGGCUCUGGCUCCUCUGAAGAUUAUACCGCCGAUCCCCACGAACUCGAGCGACAGGAUGAGCUUAGCUCUCUUCCCCCGUAUGGAGACGGAAGCGUUUCAACCUCCAUGGCAUCGCUUGCCCCGAACUCCGUUGCCAACAAUGCCGGCCGACAACGAAGCAACGCCGCCGACACCGGCUCCAACGCUGUCACAAAUGGCAUCAGCGGCCGCCAGCAACAGAGACCCCACGUAACUCGAACCCCGUCCAGCACCUACGCUCCGCAGAGAGGCCCUCCUCCUUCCCAAGCUUCUUUCGCGACAGCUCGCUCUACCUCCCGCCGACGAGAUCCUGCCGACAAGUUUCGCGACCAAGAACCGGCCUACCUGCGCAUGAUGCGCCAGGAUCGGCCUUCUAACGGAUACUUCGACCCGUACACGCCUAGCCUGGAUUACUCCGACGAGGAGUCGGAGGGCGAGACCCCUUCGUCCGAAGGCGUUUUCGACGACCGGUUCCCAAACGACGAGACCAUCAUGUUCCAGAAUUUAAUCGACGAUACCCAACCUACCGAGGAAGACAUCAAAGAUCCGGUCAACCGUGAGCGGCUAGAGUGGCACGGUAUGUUGGCAGCGGUCCUCACCGGCGACGUCGUGAAGCAGGAAAAGAAGCGGCUCAUCGGGACAUCGGAGCAACAAGGCGGAAAGAAUACUUAUAAAGCUGAACUAUGGCUCGGCAUCCGGUCCAAGAUGACCGGUCGGCCUCUCGCCGUACAGCGGAGGGUGGUGGAGGAAGCACGGGGAAAUCUAGACCGGACUAUCGAUGAGAUUACUCGAUUCGAGGUCCAAGGCGAAACCGCAGCUGGUAAGCCUGCCGUCGAACAAGUCCGGGACGUCGUUAAGAAGAUCGAAAAAUGCGAGAGUGUAUAUCCGUCGUGGCAAACACUGGGCCUCGCUCACCAGCAAGUCACGUCGCAAUCGUUCCAAGAAGCCUAUGACGCUGUCGUGUCUUGGUAUAAUACUAACGAGAUGAUCAACACGGAAUUGUCGAUCCUCAAAAAGUGGGUUGGAAACGACGACCUGGACUUCCAGAGGACGAGGUCGAGGUCGCCGAGCACCAACGGUCUGAGCGAUGAGACGUCGUUUCUCGAUCGGCUUCUGAAGGAGGAUGGUCUUAGGUCGCUACAUGAGGAUGACGAAACUACGACGCAGGAGAAUGCGCUCAAGACCAAGUCGCUCAUUCGGAGAAGCAUGCUGACGCCGAUAUCGACCACGAUCGCGAAGGCCAAGGAAACGCUGAUUAUGAAUUCCGCAGCCUUCCACAAGCGGCAUCUACCGCCGUACAUCGAAGAGCUACUUACACUCAUCAGCUUCCCUUCGCGAUUGAUCGAGGAAAUCAUCAGGGUCAGGGUCGCCUACGCGAGGAAGAUGAAAGAGACAACUCAGCAAACGCCCAUCCUUCAAGACCAGAUGAUCUCGCAAUUUGAGAUCCUGCUAAAGCUCGCGAUCCGAAUUAAGCAGGAGAAUCUCAUGGUUUCUCAACCCCAACCUGGAUGGAAUCUGCCUCCCUGCAUCGACGAAUCGUUUGAUCAGGUCGUACUCGAUGCCCUGAAAUACUACUUCAAGAUGUUGAACUGGAAAUUGAGCAGGAAUAAGAACACUUUCAAGGAAGCUGAGGUUCUGUUUCAGGAGUGGGAUUUUGCUAACGAGAUUGGCCGACACCUCGUCGGGGGCGAUAUCGAAGUCGCUGAGCAAUUCAGCAACCUCACAUACAAAGCUCUGAAUCGCCUAAGCCAGACCUUCGAGCGCGAGCUCCAGAGGAAGCCAAAAGAGAGCUCAGACGAUAUGAGCAAGAGAUACACGCAAAUGCUGGACUCUGUCCGAGUCAGGCAGAGGAUGUUGCAACGAUUUUCGAGGAUGCUGAGCGAGCACUACGAGAACGCGUCCGACAUGAGUAUCGCUUUGGGUGCCGAGGGCCUCAAGACCUUGUACGAACGACUAUCAGUCACUGGUCACUUCCUAGUCGAUGAAAUCGACGGUAUCCAAAUCAUCGCAUCGCCAACCCUUACCAACCGCGAUGACGAGGUCCAAUCCAUACUCCGUACUUGCUUCCACGAGCAGAUUUCCGAGGACCCUACGGAUCCGUAUGUGCUGAUACUCCGUCCAGAAGCCCCAUUGCAUUGGUUUGGCCACCGACGCACUCAAUCCCUCAAUUUCGAAUCGACCGAUCUCAAGCUGGGUCAGAUGCGUCUCAUUGCAGACGGCUCCCAAGGCCGAUUGGCCAAUGCCAGGAAGCUCUUCUUGGACACCAUCGAUAUGCAUCUCGAUCUCAUCGUAGAAGCGCGCUCGAAUCUGCACAAGGUAAACACCAGGCUAUUCGAGAUCCGAAAGGUCAGCUUCAAGCUGUCCAACACCUUCAUGGACAGCGUCGAGAUCAUCCGAAAGCAAACCAAGGGCCUAGACUGCCAGGAGCUCAUCCAGACUUGUUUCGUCUUCGCGACCGAGUUCGGCCAGCGGUCGCUCCUCUACAUGGAUAGCAACCGGCGACAAAUCAAUAAUAUGAAGCUCACGAAGCUCAGCUUGGAUUGGGUCAGCUUCAUAUGCGACGACUGCAAAGUCACCGACCGCAAGUCUUUUCGUUGGGCGGUGCCCGCGUUGGAGUUUGCGAUGGGGAUGACGAGAGGUCGGCACAUCCUCGGGCUCGGCGACGACGAGUACGCGAAGCUACGGGCCAAAGUAUCGGGCUGCAUGUCGCUUCUCAUCUCUCACUUCGACAUCUUAGGCGCCAAGUCGAACCAGGCGGCACAGUUGGAGCGGGACCGCAUCGAGAAUCUCGUCGGGAAAUUCAAACGAUUUGACAAGAACCGAACGCAAGAAGACGACGAAGCUAUCAAGGAUCUACAGGAGCAGCGCUUAGCCCGGCUCGCCGACAUCGACGAGAUACAGAGACGGACGGUCGAGGAGCGUCAGGGACUCGGACGAGUGCUGGAGGUGUCUAACGAAGUCGAUCGAUCGCUGGCGUACUUGUCUUCAUCUGCCACUAAUGUGACGAUGAGGUGGCAGCAGGGACACUUUGUCGGCGGUGGCACGUUCGGCAACGUCUACGCCGCCAUGAACUUGGACACGGGCCAUCUGAUGGCUGUUAAAGAAAUCCGGCUGCAAGAUCCCAAACUGAUACCGCAAAUCGCGACACAGAUCAAGGAGGAGAUGGGCGUUCUCGAAGUUCUCGAUCACCCCAAUGUCGUCUCUUACUACGGCAUCGAAGUGCACCGAGACAGGGUCUACAUCUUCAUGGAGUUCUGCUCGGGCGGAUCGCUAGCCGGCUUAUUAGAACAUGGUCGCAUCGAGGACGAGCAGGUCGUUAUGGUUUACGCGCUACAACUUCUAGAGGGGCUAGCCUACCUCCACGAAAGCGGCAUCGCGCAUCGCGACAUUAAACCAGAAAAUAUCCUCCUCGAUCAUAACGGUGUCAUCAAAUACGUCGACUUUGGUGCUGCCAAGGUUAUCGCUCGUCAAGGACGCACUCUGGUCCACGGCCUCGCCGCCACGAAGCCCAACAAGUCGAUGACCGGCACGCCCAUGUACAUGUCGCCCGAAGUCAUCAAGGGUGAAAACCCGGGCCGUGCUGGGGCGGUAGACGUGUGGUCGCUGGGCUGCGUGAUUCUUGAGAUGGUUACCGGCCGCCGGCCUUGGUCUAAUCUCGACAACGAAUGGGCAAUCAUGUACAACAUCGCUCAAGGCAACCCCCCGCAGCUCCCGAAUACGGACCAGCUCAGUGCUCAGGGGAUCGACUUCCUGGAAAAAUGCUUUACCCGGGAUCCCAAGCGGAGGGCGAGCGCGGUUGAGCUGCUUCAGCACGAGUGGAUCAUGUGCAUCCGCAGCCAAGUCGUCGAGCCGCCAACGCCAAGCGAUACAAGCAGUAGCUCGGCUCAGAGUACGCCACAUCCCCUUUCGGCAGGCAGCAGGGGAAGCACAGGUGGGGACGGCUUUUAUUAGGGAUACUGGCCGCCCGAAGAAUUGCCUCCCGUCGCUGAGACGAAAGGGGAUGUGGAAUCAUCGUCCAGCCAGGAUGGACCGCCAGCCCCAGGCGAGGCCUCUAGCGUGAUGCCUUCUCCGAAUGCAUACCAACCAAUCGACGCGACUUCUUGGCCGAGCCUAUGUGGUAGCGUACAGGCCGCCCAGGAGUCGGCGAGGAGAGCGGAAAUUCGAGAGUCCAUCUAUCGAGCGCG